CACCACCGCGUUCCUUUCUUUUAAGAUCGUUUUCUGAUGUAAAAGAAAAAUCUUCUCGACCCCAAUAAUAUUCACUCACAAAAACAAUUUUCUUCGAAAUCCCUUCUCUCUCUCUCUCUCUCUCUCUCUCUCUCUCUCUCUCUCUGCCUUCUUCACUCUAUUCCGCUUCUUCGUAUAUCACUGUAAACCCUAACCCCACUACUCCAUCGCCAGAUCUGCUCGCCUCUCAUUCUUCCUUUUCGCCACACCUCGUAAAGGUUAUAGGUUGAAAAUUCAAGAGUGUUUCAAAUUUAUCUCCUAUCUUUUGACGCAUAAGACUGAGGAAGGCCAUUUGCCAGCAAGGAAUGAUUUUUUGCAUGACAUUUUAAUUCUCAUGCGAUGUCGGGUUUGCUAAAUUCAUCGAUAAACGGAUCGGCAUCAAAUCUCCCAGACAAUAAUGGGCGAUCUUUUACCACAUCUUUCUCGGGUCAGUCUGGUGCUGGAUCUCCUGUUUUUCAUCACACAGGAAGUAUACAGACACUUCAUAACCUUCACGGGAGCUUUAAUGUUCCCAACAUACCAGGUACGCUUACAUCAAGAAACACAACAAUGAAUAACGUACCAUCCGGCGGUGUUCAACAGCCUACUGGAAGCCUUUCUAGUGGACGGUUUGCAUCAAAUAAUCUUCCUGUUGCUCUCUCUCAGUUAUCACAUGGAAGCUCCCAUGGUCAUUCGGGUGUCUCAAACAGAGGAGGUAUAAGUGUUGUAGGAAACCCUGGAUUUAGUAGUAGCACAAAUGGAGUUGGUGGUUCUAUUCCUGGUAUUCUGCCUACCUCUGCUGCAAUUGGUAACCGAAAUGCUGUUCCAGGAUUGGGAGUAUCCCCAAUUUUGGGAAAUGCAGGACCUAGGAUUACAAGUUCUAUGGGGAACAUGGGCAACAUUGGUAGGAGUAUUAGCUCCGCUGGAGGGUUAUCAGUGCCUGGUCUUGCUUCUCGACUUAAUUUUGGUGCAAACAGUGGAUCUGGAAGUUUAAGUGUUCAAGGGCAAAAUAGAUUGCUAAGUGGUGUGCUUCCACAAGGAUCUCCACAGGUGAUUUCUAUGCUAGGGAAUUCUUAUCCUACAGCGGGAGGUCCACUUUCUCAAAGUCAUGUCCAAGCAUUGUCGAGUCGUCCUAGUUCUGCUGGAGGACCUCAAGGACAACUUGGUUCACUACGAAAACAAGGCCUUGGUGUUAGUCCUAUAGUUCAACAAAACCAAGAGUUCAGCAUCCAAAAUGAGGAUUUCCCUGCUCUACCAGGAUUUAAAGGUGGUAAUGCUGAUUAUGCAAUGGAUAUGCACCAAAAAGAACAACUUCACGACAAUAGCAUGUCAAUGAUGCAAUCUCAGCAUUUCUCCAUGGGGAGGUCUGCUGGAUUCAAUCUCGGAGCAACAUAUUCAUCUCAUCGACCUCAGCAGCAACAGCAACAUGCU